AUGUUUCGGUUAUAUGGAAAUCUAUUCCUCGAAAAUCCAGAACAGCGCCUCGACGAGGGUCAGCUAGCCAGCUUGACCAAACUCAUGGCAGCAAUCCAGAGCUUGGAGAACCGCACGGCGAUCGCGAGAGAGAAGGAAUACAAUCUAGAGGACAAAUUUGACGAAUUCAAAGCCAGGGAGACCCUAGCCUGGAGGGAGCUGGGGGUGGCAAGGCCACCGGCGUUCCUGAUCCCACCCGCGGGAUCGUUGGAUGCGCCGGUGGCCUGCCACCUCCAUAACCCGACAUUCCACGUCGAGGAUCCAUACAAGGCCAUCACGGAGGACCCCUCGAGCCCGACAAUUUACCAGCUGAGUCAAGCUGGCUUCUCGUCGGGGAAUUGUUUCCUGUUUGAUCAUGUCUCGAGACGGGAUGAGACCGAGAUCUACCUCUCCUUUUAUCCCGACAAGGUCCGCCACAUUCACGAGAACUUCGCCCUAGAGCUACGCCGGCAGAUGAAGGCCGUCGUUGAGAUUUGCUGGGGGAGGUCUGUUAGGAAGAGGAUGCUCGAGUGCGUCGACCUUGUGCCCCUCCCCUUGUGGGGGGAGUACAAAGACGUGACUCUUCAUCUGGAAUACGAGAACGGCCAGUUCGUAAGAUUUGUCGUUUUCGUAUACCAUCCCCAGUUCUUUUGUUAUAGGACAACGUCUAGCGAAAGCGGUCGGAAGUGGCGUGGCCUGUACGGAAGACAACAGGAUCUGCUUCUGACCGUGGCCGCAAGGCUAGGCGGGAUUACAUACCACACAGGGUUCUACGAGCAUCAACACAAUCCAGGUGUGUACGGCCGCCUUAGCGCCGAGCAAAGGGCAACCAAGGAGCACCUGAUUGCUGAGGCAUUGGCGCAACUGAGAAUAGCGUCGCCGGAAUUGUUCAAGGAGAUGGAUACUCGGCGAGCGAGCUGUACUUCUUGGGACGUACAAGAAUACGCACCGGAGAUUGAGAGAACGGUGGCACCGGUGACAGCCAAUACCACUGCCCAGGGAGGCUUUCCAGAAGUCAUCUCCUACGACACGGAUAUGCGGCGGCUCAACGACUCCUUUUCGGAUCUUAACUUGGCACUCAGGACAGAGUGUUCUUUGCCCAGCACUAUACCCACGGACCUAGCUCUUCAAUACUCCGAGCUGACUUUGAUAUCCGAGUUUGAUCUAUCACCCGAAGCUUUAACAAGCUGGAUUCAAAGCCAGGAAGGUCUGAAGAUCCAGGGCAAGCCUAUCGGCACGAAUGAUGAGCUUGUCCUAUCCUUUAGACUGCUUCAUCGGUUCGGAGAAGCCCAGAUACCUGGCUCUGUGAUCUUAAUUGCGUACUCUGUCGCGGAGGCAUAUAUUUAUAAUGUAUGCAAGACCCGCAAGUCCUCCAUUCAGGACCUGAUUGGCCCGCCUACGGAUCCCCAUCGAAGAAUAAUGCACCUAAAAUGCCGCAAAUGCGCCAAAAGAGUCCACGACACUUGGUUUGCAUAUUAUGCACGAAGAGACCCGGAGGUCUAUGUUUGUCAGACCCUCGAGGCUGGCUGUGGGCGCCUGGAGUGCUCAGGCAGGACCGCUUUGAUCCCUGCAAAUCCCUGGCAGAAGCAUAUCAUGGCUCGCAGAGGGGAGUUGGAAAAUGCACCAAAGGACACUGGCGGAGCAUGGGCGGGGUACAUUAUUCGAUCAAGGACAGAAUCGCAGGACCUCCCUGAUGUCGUCAAGAUAGCUUGCCUCGGCUGCAAACAAAACCAAGUUGAGACGACGCAGAUAGAUGCCCGGCCAAGGUGGACCAUUGAAAGAAUUCCGAGAUACCUAGCUCCACGACGUCGAUGCAGCGUCUGCAAGCAGCUGAAGUACUGGAGACCGGUGAGCCAAACAAUAGCCAUAAUUGACACACCUACGAUAGCACACAUUUGGGGAAAGAUGAAAAAGGAAGGCCUGGAUCUCAAUGAGUACCCUAGACUUCCCGGGCUGUUUUUCGCCAAUAUGCCCGUGGAAGACAAGAUCAAGGCCUUUAAGAAAGCCAAAAUGGACCGGAAUAACAAGGGAACGGAUUGA